AUGCCUUUCGUUUAUGGAGUCGUUAAUUGGCUGGCUUAUCGUUUUAUUCAUCAAUAUGUGUAUUUGUCCCUGAUCUACGUUGUCUACGAGGUUUUUGCACUAGCUGCUUUCUUGUAUCUUAUGAUUGAAUAUGUCUCGAAUGCCGCUGCAACCAAUUCGCUUGAGGAAGCAUUAGUGAAGAAAGACAAGGCUAGGUUGCCUGCUCCUUGGUGCUGUUUCCGUUACAGACCGACUAAAUCAUACUUUAUACACAUGGUCAAAUGGCUUGUGCUUCAAUUCAUUAUAAUUAGGCCGAUUGUCUCGGUUAUAUCGAUUACAUUACACGCUCUGGGCGUACUGUGUCCAUCGAAAAUGAAUCCUAAAUAUCCCAACCUCUGGCUGACCAUAAUCGAUCUCUUGAGUAUGAUGACCGCUAUGUACGGCCUGCUUCUGUUUUAUAACCUCACCAGAAAAGAAAUUGAAGGGCACCGGCCGCUGCUAAAGUUCUUGAUUAUUAAAGGAAUCGUAGCUCUCACCGUCAUCCAGGAGUUUGUAUUCAGACUCCUUCGUACAUCUGAUAAGAUCAAACCUAGCGAGAAUUUUCCAGCUGCCGAAGUUGCUGACAGCCUCAAUGCCUUUUUGUUGUCGAUUGAAAUGGCGGGAGCUGCCGCAGCCAUGUUGUCGGCGUUUUCUGCGUCGGAACAUUCCAAUGAUGCAAAACCAAGGGGGACGAUUGCGCAAGCGAUUCUCGAUAGUGUGAACUUCGGUAACUUGUCGUGGAACACCAAUGAUGAUACCUUGCGUGAAGCAUUCGGGCAGUAUGGCCAAGUUCUUGAUUCGAUUGUGAUGCGUGACCGUGAGACUGGUCGCUCCCGUGGCUUUGGAUUCGUCACGUACUCGAAUGAACAGGAGGCUCAGAAUGCCAUCAACUCCAUGAACGAGCAGGAGCUCGAUGGUCGUCGCAUCAAGGUUAACAGUGCCAACCAGCGCACUGGCGGCGGCGGAGGUGGAGGUGGAGGAUAUCAAGGCGGAGGAGGCUACCAAGGCGGCGGAGGCUACCAGCAAGGUGGUGGCUAUGGCGGUGGAGGAUACCAAGGUGGUGGAGGCUACCAGCAGGGUGGCUACGGCGGCGGAGGCUACCAACAGGGCUAUGGCCAGCAAGGUGGCUACGGAGGCGGAUACUAA